AUGCACGCCUCCACGUUUCUCGCCCUCUUCCCCCUCUCCCUGGCCCUGGCGGCUCCUCAGAGGCGUUGGGUGCCGGCGCCGUUGAUCGUGCCUCGCAGCGCCGAGCUUGUCGAGAGCAAGUACAUCGUCAAGAUGUACAGCGACGCCAAGCGAAGCGCCGUCGCCAGUGCCGUCUCGAAAAUCCAGGCCGACGCCGACUUCACGUACAGCCGCGGCUUCAAGGGCUUCGCCGCCACUCUGCAGCCCGAGGAGCUCCGCAAGCUCCGGCUCAACCCCAGUGCAAGUCACCUCUCGAGCCCGCGUCUCUGCUCGACCACCAUCAACUCCAACACCCAGCAGGAGGACGCGACGUGGGGACUCUCGCGCAUCUCGAGCCAGCAGCCCGGUGGUACGACCUACAGCUACGACGAGAGCGCCGGUGAGGGCACCUGCGCCUACAUCAUCGACACCGGAGUCAACGCCAAGGACCCCGACUUUGAGGGCCGCGCCACGUUCCUGAAGAACUUUGUCGAAGACGACGACGACACCGACGGCAACGGCCACGGCACCCACGUCGCCGGCACGAUUGGCUCCAAGACUUGGGGCGUCGCCAAGAAGACCAAGAUCUUUGGUGUCAAGGUUCUCGACGCCUACGGCUCCGGCAGGACAUCCGGUGUCCUCGCCGGCAUGGACUUUGUCACCAAGGAUGCCGUCAACCAGACCUGCCCCAAGGGUGCCGUCGUCAACAUGUCCCUCGGCGGCUACAAGUCGAAGCUCGUCAACGACGCCGCCGCCGCCAUCACCAACGCCGGGCUCUUCCUCGCCGUCGCGGCCGGAAACGACGGAGCGGAUGCCGCCAACUACUCUCCCGCGUCGGAGCCCAGCGCCUGCACGGUCGGAGCGACGUCCAAGGAUGACAAGCUCGCCAAGUACUCCAACUGGGGCAAGGUCGUCGACGUUCUCGCCCCGGGCUCCAACAUUACCUCCCUCUGGAUCAACGGCAGGAGCAACAGGACCAUCUCGGGCACCUCGAUGGCUUCUCCUCACGUCGCCGGAAUCGCCGCCUACUUCAUGGGCAUGGGCCAGCCGAUCGCCGGCCUCUGCGACUACAUUGCCAAGAACGCGCUGUCGGGUGCCAUCUCCAACGUGCCCAACGGCACCGUCAACGCUCUCAUCAACAACGGCUUCAAAUUGGAGUAG